AUGAACAAUAGCACCGCCACUAGCAGCCGCAGCCGGACCAGCAGCCGGAGCCGGGACCGCACAGGAUCCUCGUCUUGCAGCACCGCCGCUCGUGCUCGUCGCACCAAGAAAAAGAAGAAGAGCUGUUUCUUUCCAUCGAUUUGGACGGGUCGCAUUUUGUUUUUGAGUUGUUUGGCCGCCAGUGCCGCCAUUUUGGGAUACUUUGCGCACAAUAUCAUUUCCAAUAGUGAAACGGAAUUGGCGACGCAACAGUACGAAUCGAUUGCCGAUCGGGCAUUACAAGCGGCGAAACAAGAGACCAUUCACAAGACCCGCGGUGCCAAAGUCAUGGCAUCGAUCCUUUCCAAUCGAUUUCCAUAUGCCAACGAAUGGCCGUUUGUCUUGUUGGAAGGCUAUGAAGAGAUUGCCACCGAUUUGAUUCAAGCCAGUGAUGGACGGGCCAUGGGAUUCUGUCCACUCAUUCAACCGGGCGAGGAGUACGAGCGAUUUGAAGCGUUUGCCUACAACUAUUUCAACGCAACGUUUGGACCGGACCAUAACAUUGGUCUGCCCGGCAUUUACGGACAAGCCAAUAUGAGUGACGGAGGCAAGUUUCCCGAUCGCGAUGGACGCUACUUUGAUCCGCUUGUUGGCGCCUACGUCAAUACGUCCAAGUACACGUACUUGUCCCCCAUGGUCCAACACAACAAUGGCAAUGGUUCUGUCAUUAUGCGCAACAUUCGCAAUGAUCGAGGACGCGGUCCGACGAUGGAUCGUAUGAUGGAUUGUUUUGCUACUAGCGAUGGCAAUAGUACCACGGACUGUAGUGUCAUUUCCAGUUUUAUCAUUUCCGGAAGUGGUCAACCGUCGGCGUACAUUUAUCAACCCAUUUCGCCCAAACACAAUCGAUCCAAGUUGACGGGCUUUAUUUCCGGUGCCAUUCAGUGGCAGGAAACACUCACCAACAUUUUCUCCGAUCAAGUCUCGGGGAUUGACAUGGUCAUUUCCACCGCCAAUCAAUCCUUUUCCUACACGGUGCAACAAGGAGAAACCAUCUUUUUGGGAGAAGGCAAUCGACACUCGUACGAAGGCAACAAAUGGAAUCCCUAUCAACGAUCCAUUUCACUGACCCAAGAUGCGUUUGAUGACCGAGGUGGAUUCUCGUAUACGCUGACACUCUAUCCCACGGAUGAAAUGUUUGACACGUAUCGGACCAAGAAUCCGUCCGUGGCGGCGUUUGGAGUUGUCCUCAUCAUCAUCUUUACAUCACUCCUGUUCCUACUAUUUGAUUGUCUCAAUCACAAAAAGAUUCAAGAAAAGGGUUCCCUCUUGGAAGCCAAACGAGAGUUUAUGCGAUAUGUAUCGCAUGAAGUCAGAACACCACUCAACACGGUGUGCAUGGGGUUGAAACUGCUCCAAGAAGAUCUGCAACGGGCAUUUGGAAGCAGCAGCAGCAGCAAUACGACUGUUGCGGCACCACAACAGAAGGAACAAGUCAAGCCUCUGUUCGCCAUUGCGGCGCCCCCUCCGCCAGUACCAGUAGAGCAAAAGCCGCAAGAAUCGGAUGAUCAAGCGGCCGUACAAGCCAGUGUCUUGCAACUCUCCGAGGAUAUUCUACUCUCGGCCCAUGCCGCGGUGGGCGUUCUCAAUGACUUUUUGAACUAUGACAAGAUCGAAACCAAAUCCUUGAAACUGGACUUGUCCGUACUCAACAUUUGGCAGGAAUUGGAACAGACCGUCAAUGGAUUCAAAGUACCGGCCGAUGCCAAGACGAUUGAUUUGCAAUUGGACUUGUGUGGUGGAAUGCUGCAAGGCGAUGAUGUUGAAAAUGGACAAAAGACGGCCAACGAUUUGCCCUUGGCCAUGCUCGAACGAAGAGUCAUUGGGGAUGAAGCGAGAAUCUCACAAGUCUUUCGAAAUCUUCUCAGCAAUGCUCUCAAGUUUACAAAGGAAGGCGGAACGAUCACGGUCGGUGCCAAAUGGAUACCAUCGCCGACCACCUCCAAGGACGCCGCCGAGGACACUGUGGCCCUCUCGAAUGGUUCCGCCGUCACUGCUAAACCCAUGGGGUUAAUUGAAGUUACCGUCCACGACACGGGCGAAGGAAUGACAGAAGAACAGCUAGACACUGUCUUUGCGGCGGGAGUCCAAUUCAACGUCAAUGCCUUGCAGAAAGGAAACGGGUCCGGUUUGGGCAUGUACAUUGCCAAGGAGAUUAUGGCCCAACACGGUGGCUUGCUGACAGCCGAAUCGGAAGGGAUUGGCAAAGGAUCCACCUUUAUCAUGCAACUCCCUCUCCACUACAUUCCCGACGAUAAUCUUCCCGACAAUUUGGUGCAGAAAUUGCGGGUACGAUCGGAUCCCACUCAAGCCGAAUCGGAUUCUUCCAAAACCGAUGACGAGCUCCAAAGCGAAAAGAAGAUUUUCGAACCGCUACGGAUUCUGGUGGUGGACGAUGCGGCGACCAAUCGAAAGCUGUUACGACGAAUGUUGGAACGACGUGGACACAUUUGCGACGAAGCACAGGACGGAGCCGAGGCCGUGCAAAAGGUUUUGGGAGAUGGUACGGGAGCCGAAGCUCCAUACUUUGACACGAUUCUCUUGGAUUUCCUAAUGCCAGUAAUGAAUGGUCCCGAUGCUGUCAAGAGGCUACGAAAGGCAGGAUGUGAUUCGUUUGUCGUUGGGAUCACAGGAAACGUUCUGCCAGAGGACAUUGCCCACUUCAAAGCAUGUGGUGCUAAUGAAGUCCUCCACAAACCAGUGGAUCUGAACGCAUUGAGUGCUCUGUGGAUGGAAUACGGAAUCAGCGGCAGUGCAAAGGCAGAUUACAGUGGUUAG